AUGGGCCCGAGUCAGAGGCAGAUUGAGCUUGCUCGCGAGAGGGAGACUUUCAGAUACGAUCCGACCUUGAUAUCAAGCUCAAGACCAAACUCGCCGACAAACCUCAUUCCUUCAAAUGAACUCACAACCUCGUCCGACUCGAUCUUGACGGCAUUUUGUCAAAUCGCAGCCUUACGCCUAAAUACCUCGAGAUCUCUCAUUUCUCUCUUCGAUCGCUCCAGCCAAUUCGUCGUCGCCGAAGCCACACCAUGCACUUCUCUGAAGCCCACGACCAGAAUAAAAGGCGUUGAUCAAGGCCUUUGGCUUUGCGGGACCCAUUUUCCUCGCUCAUUUGGAGUCUGCGAGCGCGCCAUCAAUUCUUCCGACAUCCGAUCGUUACAAGUACCACAAAACAGCGCCACAGAACCUCCAUUGACGAUAAUAAGCGACCUUAACGACGACGACAUACUAUGUGAUCGAUCAUACUGUCUUGGCUGGCCGCAUCAUCGCUUCUACGCCGGUGCACCUCUUGUGACCCCUCGUGGCAUCGUCAUUGGGGUCCUGUGUGUAUUUGAUUCAGAACCUCGAUCCGGCUUGGAUAAAACAUCAGAAGGUAUUCUACGUGAUGUGGCCCAAUCUGUUAUAGCCCAUCUUGAGGAAAGACGUGUUAGCGAGCGUUAUCGCCAAGCCGAUCGCGUGACUGGUGGUAUUCGAAGAUUCUUUCACGGGCGCAAUACAAAGACAGACAUGAGGAACGACCGACUACUGGCAUCAGAACCGAGACUGCGCACACCAGGAACCGAUUUCAGUCCGCAGUUCCAUUCCUCCAGUGGUAAUAGACAUCGAGGGGACCGCCUAGUCAACACAUGCGCAACUGCAGCCGAUAUCAUGAGGGACGCCUUGGAAGUCGAGGGUCUCUUGUUGCUCGAUGCCUCAUCUUCACAUCUUAGCCCUGGUACAAACAGUGGGCCGAAUCCUCCAAUUGACGCUGACAGUCCAUGUCCAGUACUCAGCUCGUCUGUGACAGCCGAGGCCACGCAAUGUGCAGACUCAUAUUUUGGCCACUCAACUCUGUAUGCGUCAACGCUCAAGAAGUUACUGCGUUAUUACCCCCGAGGCACAAUAUGGAAUUUCGACAACGCCGAGAGUGAUGUGAGCGAUUGCUUAAGCGACGAUAGUUGCUCGGAUACCUCAGGUGACAGCACAAUCGCGGAAGAGAUUGACGGGCCGGAUGAACUUCCGCCUGAUGCUCCUCCCGGUCCGACGUUCACACCUGGCCAACUGGAAUCAAGGCAAGAACUUCGCAAAGAAGUCUUUCGCCUUUUACCCGGCGCUACGAGCGUCGCAUUCUUCCCCUUAUGGAACGCUCAAAAGCGACGGUGGUUCGCCGGCGGGUUUGCUUAUAGUAAUAAGACGAGCCGGGUAUUUUCACCCAAAAGGGAACUCAGCUACUUGCGCGCUCUUGGUAGCGUUCUCAUGGCCGAGGUGUCAUUCAUCAAGGAACGCGAAGUUGAGUUAUCUAAGCUGGACGUGCUAGACUCGAUAUCUCACGAACUUCGGUCCCCACUACAUGGUAUCUUCUUUGGUGCUGGUAUACUCCGCAGCAAGGACCUUAGCGCUUCUCAAGAAGAUGCUCUUCUCUCAAUAGAAGCCUGUAGUCGUACUUUGCUCGAUACGAUUGAUCAGAUUCUGGAUUGGAGCAAGAUCAAUCAUUUCACUUCCUCGCUGGCCACUAGCCCCGACUACACAUAUACCAAGGUUGACAACCGCGCCUUGCGAAUUUCCCGGAACAAUAGUAUGGAAGCUAGCAUGAUGAGCAUCGCGACAGACGCCGACCUCCCUCGUCUUGUGGAGGAUGUUGUCGAAAGUGUUCACGUCGGUCACGAAUUCCAGAAGUUAUCAUUUGGCCAAACAGAGCCGUCCAAUUCAAACAAGGACCCCGUCAGAUUUGUGGUUCAUUUUGAGCCCGGGGAUAACUGGAGAUUCCACGUACAACCCGGCGCAAUCCGACGUAUCGUCAUGAACGUUCUCGGAAAUGCUCUUAGGUUUACGUCAAGUGGUUCUAUCUAUAUCAAAAUGGAGCAAUCAGCAACCGAUGAUCCAACAGUACGCCUUGUGAAACUGAUUAUUGCCGACACUGGAUGUGGUAUGACUCGCGACUUUCUCACCAAUGACCUUUUCAGCCCUUUUACGCAACAAAAUAUGAUGAACGCCGGAACCGGACUUGGAUUGAGUAUUGUCAGACGAAUCACUCAAGCUCUUGGUGGAACUGUUGAUGUCCGCAGCGCAGUGUCUGUCGGAACCACAGUAUGCAUCAGUCUGCCCUUAAAGGUCAGCGAACGGACCCCCCAUGACACUACGGAAUCAUCUUCAGAUCAAGGCGUUGCCAAUGACUUCGUGAGUUGCAGUGCCUCUCUCGUAGGUCUUAAUGAUCAGGCAGACCAGCGUCUUCGUAGCCCUUACCUUGAAGGUCCAUUGAGCGAGAAGGAUGAUCUUGUGUCAGUGUGUCAAGAUUGGCUAGGAAUGCAGGUCAUCCAGCCUCCCGAGACACAGAAUGCUCCUCACGUUGUGCUAUGCGAUGAUCGCUCCUUGGAAAAAGCCAGGGCAGUCACACAGAACGACAAAUCUACGCCGAUAGUUGUUAUAUGUCCAAACGCAGUCCUAGCUCGCAAAGCAGAAAAAGCCAAGGCCAGCCAUAGUGAAAAUGGUGGGCAGCGUAUUUACUUCACAUAUCAACCUAUCGGUCCACGGAAAAUGGCCAGGAUCUUGUCAAACGCCAUCAACCGUGUAUCAAUAUCACUACAACCCCCCCUCUCCAGAGCAUCAUCCAACAAUGAUGUCCACGACCACAUAAUCCCUACGAUACAACAGGGACCCCCAACACCGCCUCAUCUUGAAUCUGCAAAUAGUGCUAUUAUGAGCGAUCCCUUCGACCACGCAAUCCCAACGGUCCCACAACAACUACCUCGUUCUCCUCUAAUCACACCGUCAGAGAGGCUGGAUCCCAUUUCUGACAACGAACCCUCAAGCAACACAUUUCUUUUAGUAGAUGAUAACCCAAUUAACCUGAAGAUGCUUAUAAUGUUUAUGAAGAAGCUGAAGCUGGAGUAUACGACCGCAACUGACGGAAGACAGGCGGUGGAAAAGUACACAAUGAGUCCGAGAAGUUUCAGAUGCAUUUUUAUGGAUAUUUCUAUGCCUGUUAUGAAUGGCUUCGAAGCAACACGAGCAAUACGUGCUUCUGAAUACAAGAUGGCCGAGAGGAGGAGCGCGAGACUCAAAGCCAAGGCUGAUAACCCAGCCUCUGCAGAGUUGUCCUCCCAAGAACGUAAGAGAACAUCAAAGCGCAAAACUCCACCUCCCAACAAUGAUAAACCUGUCAGCAAAGCGCCCAUGAAAAAAUCUCAGAGUAAGGAGUCUACAGAUACAUUAACUAGUCAGCAAUUGAAGCCAAAGACCGGACGCGCGACGAAAAAGGAUGGCCAGCCACCUGUUCAGGCAGAAAACAUUACUUCCAAUGGCCCCUUCUCAUCCUUGCCUCCGGAAGCAAUGAAUCUGGUUUUGAGCAAGAUUAAAGACAAAGCGUCCCUAGGAAAUCUGGCCAAGACCUGCAAGGCUUUCCACAGCCUCGUUAUGCCUCGACUAUACAAGCGCGUCGAAGCAAGCGUAGAGUAUCACGCUCACAUUGCCAAACUUAUUCGGAGCAUCGAACCAGCUCUCACGAUUGGGCAGAGGAAGCAGUUGAGGAAGGAAGGCCAAUACAAGGGACAACAAGAGACCUUUCCUAAAACGGAUGAGAAGAGGCGGCCUGAGAUUGCAAACUUCAUUCGGCAAGCUGCUUUUGAGAUUGGUGAUCCAGGUCAAAAACACAGAUUUAUUGUUUACCGCUAUAUCGAAGAGCUCCUGAAAAGCGCGGGUAAUCUGCAAGUUUUUGCAGCCACGGAUUUCACAGAAUCAAUGGCAAAGAGCCUGGCCUCCAAUAAUCACCUUCGGGCUCUUCACCUCAAGAUCUCUGAAGGGAGAAUGCCAGAUGUAUUACCAUUGACGGCGAUCAAGGGAUUAAGACAUCUUCAUUUGGAAACGGCCGAUGUUUAUACUACUGCAGACAGUCCUCUUGCACUCAUCUGGAAUUCACGGUCCACACUCCGGAGUCUGACCCUUGAUAAAAGCUGUUUUCAACGUUUCUAUAAGAAUAAAAUGGACAGGACAGAAGAGCUAGACGAAUCCUCCGAGCGGCGGUACGACUUUACCACCCUGAAGUCGCUUUCUCUCCAGCGUGUGUCGUGGCUCAUGGACCCUGAUGAGGUAGAUGCGGUCACGAGAGCAAUUGACUUUACCGCACUGGAAAGUCUCGAUCUUAGUCAUCAGAGCAAGCGGCUGUCAUUGUUGUUUCGGCGACUGUCUAGUAUCUUCUCAUCUGCGGAAAGCACUAAAAUUAAGGUCCAGAAGCUCUCUUUGAAUAUGGGCUACCAAGCAUUCACAAAUCGAGGGGAUCAGACUGCGAAGACCGAGGAGGAGGAGCCCGGCUUGGAAUUCAUAUCCUCUUUCGACACGUUGACUAGUCUCACAGUUUAUGUCCAUUCUGCAGACUUGCCUAACCCUGUAUUGAAAGAUGCAAUGUUGCAAGGAAUCUUGAAGCAUAAGAACUUGAGCAAUCUGGAGUUCAUGAACACGUAUAGCAUUCGGGACUGGGAUGCACCAUAUCUGGAUGCAAAUACAGUGGCACUUCUUGUCGACAAUCUGCCAAGACUGAGGCAUUUUAGGUUUCGCUCAACAGCGAUACACCUGAGCAAAAUAGCUAAAGCUCUUUCACGAGGCUGCAACUUGGAGACAAUCAGGAUGGAGAUACCUUCGGCCAGCGAGGGGGAAGCGAAAGAGCUUGGCAUCGAGUUUAUACAUGACCUGGUGUUUCCGAUCUUGGAAAAGGACUCUGAUGGCGAUGAGAAAGUCUACCGAUGGGAAGACCACAGUAAGAUCAACCAGGUGAUACUGGACGUCGCGGUAUGGGAAAUCGGGUCAGAAUUUGGGCCGUUCAAGAAGGGGAUGAAGAAAGCUCAGAAAAUCACUUCUUCGUCUUACCCAAAGCGCAAAGUGAUGUAUCGAGACGUUACACGUCCGACAUAUCUUUGGAUGAGGACCCGUUUUGACGAUAUACGUGGAUGGGUGGAUGAGGUCGAAAAGGAUAUCGCUUAA